CCGCAGAUAAUCAUAUGCGUCACAAAACAACAUUCUUCCGGGCAAGAUGGCGACUUGCAGUGGAAGAAAAAUACUGCAAUCAAGCCUUGAUGGACGAAUAUUUCACUUCCUAAAGAACAACUUUUCCCAUCAAGCUGCCCUAAAGGUAAAGACGUUACUUUAUUUGCUUUUUGAAGUGUUAGAUCCGAGGAAAAUCGCCCAUUUAUUUGUUUUUCAUAUUGUAGUUUUAUAGAAGGUAUUUAUUAAAUACAACAAGGUUGAAGGUUCAUGCUUCAUUGAGGCCUGAGGGCCUCUGUCCAAUAUUAUGAUGGUUGAAAGUUUAUAAAAUUAUGCCUUAAGAUCCUAGGUUAAGUGAAUAUUACUGUAUUUUUAUUUCAACAAAUGUGAUUCAAUUAGCUUUUGAAAAAAGGUAAUUGAUUAUUGAUACAAUUCGUACAAAUCAUAAAAUUAGAAUAAUAUUGUUACAUCUUACUACAAUUAUAAAUUGUUCACCCCAUGAUUAUUCAUCUGACACUGGAUCCCAAUGUUUAACUGUUAUUGUCUGACACAAUAUUUUACAUGCAUGCAUACAACAGUCUUGUUGAUUUAAACAAUAAAUUGUCUGCACUUGGCCUUGCCCAUGCCUAUUCACCUAACCUUGAGGCAAACAGCCCUGAGUAUACCUGGUGUUGAAGCUGAAGUGACUGAGUUAGUACAUACAAGACAAGUGUCUUAACCACUCAACUACUGAGGAUUUGCUUGGAAUCUACUGUUUGUUUGGUAUGAUUUAUUAGCAUGUCGAAAGAACAAGGAAUCAAAAUACUUCUGUGAGAUGAAUAGAAUCUAAAUAUUGGGAUCAGUUAUCAGAUGCAUAACCACUGUGUUAAUUAAUUGUUUUGAUAGAAUCAUGGAAGGAUAAUUUCAAGUCACACGAUUAAAAGGAACUUUUCAUCAGAGGAAGAAGCUGGCAAAGUAUGUCAUGGUCUAUAGAUACAAACCAAAAUUUAUUUCAUUCUGCAUUGAGAAGUCCAAAUAUUUAUUUGUUUUUAAAAUAAUUUAGCCAUCCAAUCGCAUUGGUGGCAAGCACACCCUAACAAUGAUACCAGGUGAUGGUGUAGGUCCAGAACUUUGUGAAUCUGUCAAGAUGGUGUUUGCUGCUGCUGGUGUCCCAGUUGAGUGGAAUGAAAUUGCUGUUAGGUAAUGGUAUAAUAUGCAAAUAAAAAAGAGAUGAAUUAUAUGGGAUAUAUAAUACAUUUCUUUUGUUGGUACCACCAGAAAUCUUGAGUAUUAUUUAAAGAAUAACUGAUACCAAUUGCAUAGAAUAGCUAGGUCUCUUAGACACCAGUCUACAUAACAAAAAUUAAACAUACAUUAAGUGUUUUAUAUCUUUAUAAUUUCAUCUUACAGUGAUAUUGGAAGUUAUGGGAGCAAGCAUUCAUUACUAGAUGUUGCAGAUUCUUUGAAGAAAACAGGAGUGGCCAUCAAAGGUUUUGUAAAGCAAAGCGAAUUAUAUAGAGUAUGGAAUGAGCCACUAGGGAAUGCAUAUUCUUUUGCAGAACGAAGAGCUUGGAAAUGUGGUUGUGUUACGCAAUCUCCAGCAUGCAAACGUCCAAUUGAUCCAUCAAAGUAAUGGUUUAACCCACUGAGCACCAGCGCUUUCCUCUUGACAAGUAAAAUUGUCUGGUGUUAGACAGAAUUGCCAGGGGUUACAAGUGAAGUAAUCAUUGUAGAAAAAGAUAAAAUAGGUUUCUUUUAUCUUCAAAUAUCUAUGUAUCGAGUUAGAUUGAUAGAUGUUGUCAUCUUUAUGUUGUUGUUAACAGUAAGGGCAAAAUAAUAAAGUAGGGCACAUUGGAGUGCAAAGCAACAUAAUGGAUUAAUCAUUCAAAUAAUAAAAGUACUAAUUAUUUAUCAAUCAGAAUCAACAACCCAUUUCAGGGCUGUACACAGGGGUGACAGGGGCGCAACUGUCCCCCUAGAGAAAAGUAUAUUUACGAUUUUUAGAAUGUCAUUAAUUAUUCUUUGCAUAUUUGGGACUUUUUUCGGCAUAUAAGCCUUACUGCCCCCCCUUGUGAAAAAAUCCUGCAUACGGCCCUGGCCCAUUUAUUAUUAAUUACUGAAACGACCGCACAUGGCCAUCUUUUCAAAUGAAUCCUCUAUUGUUUGGUUUAUCAUAAUUAUAUAAAUGGUGGUAUAAAUAAUAAUAUCUUCUACAAGAUAUGGAAGCAAAAACAACCAUUGAAGCAUAUUCUGUGCCACAGGUGCAUUGACCACUCCAACAAGUAUCAACAGUCAGGACAUUCUUUCUCUUAAUCAGAAAAUGAAGUAAGUGGAAUUAGUUUUGAAAUUAUGUAGAACAUAUACAGUAUGUUUGUGUACACCUGAAAUUUAAAUACAAGGAGAAAUUCUCCUUGUAUUUUUCAGGUAGUUGUAUCCCUGCCAACUAAAGCUUGUUAGAAAUUAGUAUAUUAAAAGAGAGACUAUGUGAAAUAUCAUUUCUUGAUAUCAAUUAUAGAAUCGACUUGGAUUUAUUUGCCAAUGUUGUCCAGUGUAAGUCCUUUGCUGGAUUUAAAACGAGGUUAGAAACAUGGCUGUUAUAUUUUUGCAAUUCGAUAUAUUUGAGGUGAACUUCAAUACCCUGUCUGCUUGUGAUUUUAUUUCUCAGACAUAACAACAUUGAUGUGAUCAUUGUCAGAGAACAAACAGAAGGAGAGUACACAAGUUUGGAACACGAA